AUGACAAGGGGGUUGGAAAUGGACAGCUGUCUCCGUGUGAACAAGAGCAGUGCGGACAUUGUCGACCGCUGGGGUCGAAAACCAUGUUGGGAAUCUUGGGUGGGGGUGGGGGGGGGGGGGGGGGGGGGGGGGGGGGGGUGGGGGUGGGGGGGGGGGGGGGGGGGGGGGGGGGGGGGGGGGGGGGGGGGGGGGGGGGGGGGGGGUGGGGGGGGGGGGGGGGGGGGGGGGGGGGGGGGGGGGGGGGGGGGGGGGGGGGGGGGGGGGGGGGGGGGGGGGGGGGGGGGGGGGGGGGGGGGGGUCCUCGGGACGCUCGGCAGCAACCAGAUCAGAGAGAGCCGCAAAGUGGUCGAACGGAGACAUUCAGCGGUCUAA